AUGUUUGUGUUAACAGCUCUUAUUCUACUUGUGGGGACUGCAAGCUGUGAUUCAGAUCAUUUCAUCACACCAUGUCACAGGGACGACAGAGCAUGUUUGAAGCUAUCAGCUCAAGCGGCGGUUCCGAUCCUAGCUAACGGGAUCUCCAGCUUGGGAAUGAAACCUUUGGAUCCUAUGGAUAUGGAGGAGGUGAAGGCUAAUAGGGCCGGACUUAAAAUGCACUUCACCAAUACUAAAGUUUUGGGCUUAAAACAUUGCACGGUUCUCGAUUUGGUACGUAUGACUGGUAAUACAACCAUAACUCUGAAGUGCUCGGUAGCUUUGAAGGGCUCGUACACACUGGGCGGGAAGUUACUCAUCAUGGACAUAUCGGGAGUUGGACCCUACACAAUAUUCAUUCACGAUAUAGUAGUAAAAGUGAAGUUCAACGUGGGCGAGCGUGAGGCUCAAGGAAAACGAUAUUGGACUAUUGAUAGUUGGAAGCACUCAGCCGACGUGACGGGACAAGUGCGAUUUAACUUUCACAACCUCUUCAAUGGAAACGUAGCUUUAGCCAAACAAAUCCUGGACUACGCGAAUCAAAACUGGCACAUAAUUUUUGAGGAAGUUUCCCCGCCGAUAGUGAAGGCGAUAGUCUCUCAGAUAGUGAACGAAACGACGAAGCUGUUCAAUAAAAUUCCUAUCGAAGAGCUCGCAUUAGAUUAA